AUGGAGGGUGAUGGUGGAUCAAAGCUGGAGAAUGCGAUGAUGGAGGAAUAUGGGGACGAACCGCAUGUUUUAGCUGUUGAUGACAAUCUCAUCGAUCGAAAACUAGUGGAAAGAUUGCUUAAGAACUCUUCAUGCAAAGUGACUACUGCGGAGAAUGGGCUGAGGGCAUUGGAGUAUUUGGGGUUGGGAGAUGAGAACAAAGCUACCUUAGAGGACAGAGUCUCAAAGGUGAAUUUAAUAAUCACAGAUUAUUGUAUGCCAGGAAUGACAGGGUAUGAGCUGCUCAAGAAAAUAAAGGAAUCAUCAAUUCUGAAGGAGGUUCCAGUUGUGAUUAUGUCAUCUGAGAACAUCCCAACUCGCAUUAACAAGUGCUUAGAGGAAGGAGCUCAGAAGUUCAUGCUAAAGCCCCUCAAACAAUCAGAUGUGGUGGAAUUGAGAUGUAAUUUGAUGAAGUGCAGAAGCUAA